CUAUAACAUAACCUCAGUUUUAUCAUGUGUUUAUACCUUCCCAGUCAAUAACUUUAAACAAUGAGUGAACUGGGCGAAAGUUGUGAAACUAGAAGACCUCAGUUUGGAAAUAGAUUUUUAACUGACGAAGAUAAUGUUUUCCAGCAUAAUGCAUGGUAUGAGGAACAUCCGUUUACUUUUAGUGUUGGCGAAUACCAUACGUUCAUGCCACACUCGUUUUCGAAAGAAACCAAAAUUUGGUAGUAGAUAUCUUAUACAGAACUUGGAUGUAUUUAGUCACAACUGUUGGUAUGUACACAAUGAAACUGUGGUACCUUUUUGUUAAUCACUAUUUGAGCAACUUCAGUCUUUCAGUGAUACCAUUGACGUUUUUGUGUUCAUCAAGAUGCCCAACCCUAUGCUGUAUUGUAGUUCGACAUUCACUAUUCACUUAUAAUUUCCAUUGUCACAUCCUUGUGGUAUUGUAGUCAAUCCUUUGAAGUAAUUACUUCAUUACAACAAUCAACAAUGAAUUUCUGACAGGCAUUUCAGUGGAACAGAUUAAUCAAAUCCAAGCGAAUAACCAAAAUUUCUGUUAUAAUAUGGUUAAAGAUGAUACAUGGGUUGAUGACGUCAGUUACACGAAAUGCUUGAACGCGUUGGUUUUAACCGUGGUUUUGUUGCAAGUUGUUUAUUUUAUAAGAGCGCGUAUAUAAUCUCUGAUCAUUUUUAUUAUCACAUUUCGUCUACAAUGGUGUAUGGAAAUUUAAAAUAAGAAACCUUUCAUAAUAUUUUUGGGAAAAAUGUUUUUUUUUUACAAAAAAAUGUUUAAUGAUGGAACCAUGGUUUUGUAGCUAUAACUUUCAAUUCUCUAAAGUUGUCCGCAUGUCAAGGAAGACAUUUACUGAUUUAGCAGAAAUGAUGAAAAAAGAUAUUAGCAAAACCAUAUACAGGUGGACAUCAUCCAGUGAGUUUAUAUGGCCAUGUUUUAAUAUUCUUGUGGUAUAUGGCUACACAGGAUACUUUGUUAAGCAUAGGAACUAGAUUUAAAGUGUUUCCAACAACAGUAUUGAGUAUAAAUAAUAAGGUGCUCCAAUUUAUGCUAACACUGAAGUCAGCCUGUAUCAAGUUUCCCAAAAAUGAAGCUGAGUUACAAUAACAAUAUCUAAUACCCGGCAAAAUUCUAACUUGUCACAUUUCAAAUAAUAACCAGAAAUAUAAAACAACUCGUGAGUUGGGUAAAUACCACAAUUUUGCCCUGAUAACUAUGACAUAUAACAUCUGAUUCAUGACGUCACGGAUCUUAUAACCAAACUGAAUAACCACAUUCACUUGAAUGGAUCGGUAAAUACCAACCCAAAAUGGUAAAUAUCAUUUUCAUUUGGUUAUUGAAUUUGAUUAUUAAUGAUUAGUUCAGUGUAAAACUAGGUCACAUCAUAUCAUUAAGUUGAAAGAGUGACUGUAUUUGACAAUCUCUAAUAAUCAGUACCUACUUCAUUAUUGGAAAGAACCAAAUAAAAUGUUUUCUUUCAAAGAAAAUUGUUUGAUUCUGAAUUAUAUCAGGCUUCAAGGAACCUUCCUUGUAAUUUUCUCAAUGACAGAGAAAUAAAUACCAUAAUCUCUGUAGCAACACUGACAACUAAAGAUGGUGGUUGAUAGGUACAAGUGUGGAUCCAGGGUCCCAAGUAGUGUAGGUUGCCCCCCCCCCCCUCCUCCUGGACAGGUAUAUAGUUGCAAGCAUAAGUUGGUGGUGCCAUGGUACAUAUGCUGUUUGGAACAUUUGGGUAUCUUUGGAAUAUUACAAUGCUUAUAUGAUGUGUUGAUAGUAGACCUUCUUUUAGGGAUGAUGUCCAGUGGGAUGAAACGCUAGAAGCCCAAGCAUUGGAAAAUGUCCGAGCUAAUAGUGGAAUUAAAUUCACUAAAGAACAAAUAGAUCAAUAUGAGAAAGAGGCUGAUAAACAUUGGGAUGCUUUUUAUGACAUUCACACUAACAGAUUUUUCAAAGACCGACACUGGCUUUUUACAGAGUUUCCUGAACUAAAAUCUGAAAAUGACUGUACACAAACUAUAUUUGAAAUAGGAUGUGGAGUUGGCAAUACUAUCUUUCCUAUAUUGCAUUAUUCAACAAAUAAGAAUUUGUUUAUCUAUGGCUCAGAUUUCUCCAAAAAGGCAAUUGAUAUCAUGAAAGAGGCUCCUGAAUAUGAUCCAAGUAGAUGUAGUACUUUUGUUUUGGAUGCUACUAUAGACUCUUGGGAUGUUCCAUUUGAAGUGAAUAGCAUAGACAUUGUUGUACUCAUUUUUGUUUUGUCUGCUAUAAACCCAGAAAGAUUCAGCAAUGUGAUAGCCAAUAUUUAUAGGUAUCUGAAACCUGGUGGGUUAGUCAUGUUCAGAGACUAUGGAAGAUAUGAUUUGGCACAACUAAGGUUCAAACCUGGUCAAUGCUUAGGAGACAAUUUUUAUGCUAGAGGAGAUGGUACAAGAGUAUACUUUUUCACUCAAGAUGAAGUGAAAACUUUGUUUGAAAGUAACGGGUUUGAAGAAAUUGAAAAUAGGGCAGACAGAAGACUGCAGGUGAACAGAGGAAGAUUAUUGAAGAUGUACAGGGUAUGGAUACAAGCAAAAUACCAAAAACCUGGAUAAUCUUAAUGAAACACGUUUAUACAUAUAUGUACUUUUAUUAUUACAUAAUUUCAUUAUGUUAAAGUGAUAUACUUUAAAACUUUAAGAUCAAAAAUAAAAACAUUUUUAAAGGUACA